AUGAAAAUCAAUGGCGCUCUGUUACCUUCAUUAAGGCGUAGCAACGGUUUGAAAAUUAUUGCUGCUGUCGCGCGUAUGAGUUCGGUCGCAGAUUCGAGCAGCAAUACUAGGCCUCAGGCAGAUCAGGUGUUGAAGGAUAUCGCAUCCUAUGUUCAUAAUACGAGGAUUACUUCCACCGAAGCUUUCAAGACUGCAAGAUUAUGCCUCUUGGAUACCCUCGGCUGUGGCUUAGCUGCAUUGAGGUACCAGGAGCCAAGAGGUGUAAUUAAACCUAUUGUUCCUGGCACAAUUGUCCCCAACGGUACACGGGUCCUCGGAACCAAGUACAGGAUGGACCCUGUCAGUGGAGCUUUUGCAAUUGGCACCUUGAUUAGAUGGUUGGACUACAAUGAUUGUUGGCUUGCGGCAGAGUGGGGGCAUCCUUCAGAUAACUUGGGUGGUAUUCUUGCAGUGGCAGAUUAUAUGACGCGGCUCUCUCAAUCAAGCGGAGGCGAUGAGGGAAGGUUAUUCACCAUCCGCGAGGUCUUGGAGGCUAUGAUUAAGGCGCAUGAAAUACAGGGGAUUUUGGCACUGGACAAUGCAUUUAACAAGGUUGGUCUAGACCACGUUGUGCUGGUGAAAGUUGCUACCACUGCGGUUGUCUCGAAGAUGCUAAACCUAUCUGAAUCGCAGACUGUGGAUGCAUUGUCGCAUGCAUUCGUAGAUGGCCAAUCCUUAAGAACAUACAGACAUGCCCCAAAUACCGGCUCCCGUAAGUCUUGGGCGGCAGGCGAUGCUACUUCGAGGGCCGUGAAGAUCGCUUUUCUUGUAAAAAAUGGCGGCGUCGACGGAAUACCUUCUGUGUUGACUGCCAAGGACUGGGGGUUCUAUGAUGUUUUGUUGAAGGGAAAACCGUUUGAGUUCAAGCAAAGAAAGACGUAUGGCUCCUAUGUCAUGGAGAAUGUGUUGUUUAAGAUCUCUUUCCCUGCGGAGUUUCAUGCGCAGACCGCGGUAGAAGCGGCUCUGAAGGUGCGCAAGCAAUUGAACAGGAUGGGAAAGAAUUAUCAGGACAUUAAGUCGAUCACUAUCAGGACUCAGGACGCGGCCAUGAGGAUCAUUGACAAGAGCGGACCGCUAUAUAACUAUGCGGACAGGGACCAUUGCAUACAGUACAUGACAGCUGUGCCACUUAUCCACGGAAGACUAGUGGCAGACGACUACCACGAUUUAGUAGCUUUAAAUCCAGCUAUCGACGAGCUCAGGUCCAAGAUUUACUGUGUGAGAGACGAUCAAUUCACUGCGGCCUACAAUAAUCCGGAUACGAGGGCUAUUCCAAACGGUUUAACUGUCGAGCUAAAUGAUGGGACUACCUUGGAAGAGGUUGUUGUCGAGUACCCUAUUGGCCAUAAGACUAGACGUGCAGAGGCAGAACCGAAGCUGCUUGAGAAGUUCUACAGGCAUUUGUCAGGGCACUUUGAGGGCGACAUUACUAAGGUCGAGCAAGUAAUGACAAUGUCCACUGACCCAGAGUUUGAGUCCUAUAGUAUCGACCAGUAUGUAGACACUUUCUGUCGUUGA